GUUAAGAACAUGUAGAUAAGUAAUGGAAGGAAUAAACAAACUUAACAACAGUGGAGGGAAAGCUUUUCAGCGCCAGUUAAGUAACGUACUAUUUCCUUCUUUGAGUUCUUAACGUGUACAUUUCUUCGUGGAGCCACCAUUUUCAUCGUAUCUUGCGUCUUGCCUUAUUCAGCUCUUAAUUUGUAUAUGCCCGUAUGCUGUUAUGUGGCUGUAAUAUUCAGAACACAAAUCUGAUAUGACAUUAAAUAAUGUUAGUAUGGACCCAAAUAAAUACGCCGGAACUUGUGUGCGACAGCGUUUUUACUGCAGUGAAAGUGUGAAUGUAAUGAAACUGCUUUGCAUGGAAAGUGAAGUCAAGACUUUUGGAAACUGGUCUUCUCUAAUAUUUAUUAUUUUCUGUUCAUAUAAUUUUCUAAAAUGUGGAAUUAGACCUGGAUGAGAAGGAAGGCUGCUUGCAGAUGUAGGAAGCCAUGUUGGGCUGUAGACAAAGAACUUAAAUGGAACACUGAAAAAAUUGAGAGAAAUAAAAAAGAAAAUAUGUAUUGCCGUUCUGCGCUGUGGGCUACAAACACAUGAGAUCAAGCAGUUUGAGAAGCUAGAGUGUGCGGAGGACAGGCGGAAACAGGCACGAGAAAUAUACGACAACUUCAUCAUGAAGGAGCUUUUGUCGCAUUCGCACGAUUAUUCAAAAGAAGCAGUGCUUCAUGUACAAAAGUAUUUAAUGAAGAAUGAAAUUCCAGUUAAUUUAUUUGAGCCAUACAUCGAAGAGAUUUAUAAUCAUCUUAGAGGUGUACCUUUCAAGAAGUUUUUAGAAAGUGAUAAAUAUACAAGGUUCUGUCAGUGGAAGAAUUUAGAAUUAAAUAUUCAGUUAACAAUGAAUGACUUCAGUGUUCAUCGGAUCAUUGGGCGUGGGGGUUUUGGAGAAGUGUACGGUUGUCGGAAAGCAGACACGGGCAAGAUGUAUGCCAUGAAAUGUCUGGACAAGAAGCGGAUCAAAAUGAAGCAGGGUGAAACUCUGGCCCUUAAUGAGAGGAUUAUGUUGUCACUAGUCAGUACAGGGGUUGACUGCCCUUUCAUAGUUUGUAUGACCUACGCAUUUCAUACGCCAGACAAGCUGUGCUUCAUUCUGGACCUUAUGAAUGGCGGGGAUUUGCAUUAUCACUUAUCUCAGCAUGGAGUGUUUAAUGAACAUGAGAUGAAAUUUUAUGCAGCUGAAGUUAUUUUAGGUUUGGAACAUAUGCACAGAAGAUAUAUUGUCUACCGAGAUUUAAAGCCUGCUAAUAUUUUGUUGGAUGAACAUGGACAUGUUAGGAUAUCAGAUCUUGGUCUUGCCUGUGACUUUUCAAAGAAAAAACCUCAUGCUAGUGUAGGAACACAUGGGUACAUGGCUCCUGAGGUCUUGUCUAAGGGGACAGCAUAUGAUUCCAGUGCAGACUGGUUUUCCUUUGGUUGUAUGCUGUACAAAUUGCUCAAAGGCCAUAGUCCAUUCAGACAGCACAAAACAAAAGACAAGCAUGAAAUAGAUAGGAUGACUUUAACAAUGAAUGUUGAAUUGCCAGAGUCUUUUUCAAAAGAUCUUAGAUCAUUACUGGAAUUACUGCUGCAAAGAGACAUUGAUAAAAGACUGGGUUGUAAAGGAAAUGGUGCUGAUGAAGUGAAGGAGCAUUCAUUUUUUGCGGGAAUGGAUUGGCAACAGGUUUACCUCCAGAAGUACACACCACCUCUGACACCUCCCAGAGGGGAGGUGAAUGCAGCAGAUGCAUUUGAUAUUGGUUCUUUUGAUGAAGAGGACACAAAGGGUAUAAAGUUAACAGAUGCAGAUCAGGACCUGUAUAAGAAUUUUCCAUUAGUGAUCUCAGAAAGGUGGCAGGCUGAAGUUGCAGAAACUGUGUUUGAGACAAUCAAUCAAGAGGCAGACAAACUGGAGCAGAAGAAAAAAGCCAAACAGAAACUGAAGUUUGACACAGAUGAGAAAGAGUCUGAUUGCAUUCUGCACGGAUAUAUCAAGAAAUUGGGUGGGCCAUUUGCUUCAGCAUGGCAAACACGGUAUGCCAAGCUGUAUCCAAAUAGAUUAGAAUUGCAUCCAGAGUCUGGCAACACCAAACCAGAACUUGUCUUCAUGGACCAGAUAGAAGAUGUCAGUGCAGAUCUGGUACAUGUCAAGAAUGAGCAGUGCAUUGUGGUCCGUACCCGGGAUGGCAAGAUUGUUCUCACAAACCCAGAUGAAAUCGGGCUAAAGGAAUGGGCAUUGUCCCUCCGUUCUGCUCAUAAGUGUUCACUGGAGCUGCUAGGAAGUAUGGCAAAGAAAGCAGGCAAGAUAUAUGGUACAGAACGGGAUGCAAAUAAUAGGAAUCCCUUCAUAGCAGCCAGGAACACCAAUGGCAAUUAGAACAGCCAAAAUAUCUUGUGUUACUGUUAUGGCAGCAUCAGUAACUAUUCCAAUCCAGUAUCGCCUUGCCAUGCUCCUA